AUGUCUUUGUAUUCAAAUGGCAUAAACUACUGUGAACCCUCUUCUAUUAUUGAAAUCCAAGACACGAUUCACCGCCUAGGAGCCGCAACCUCCAAAAAUGCCUAUGACAAGAUCUCGGUUUUCUCGACCUACUGGGCUUCUGACGAUACUGGCGCAGCUAAAGACAGCUAUCUUUUCAUCGAGACCAUUCAGAAGCUCCAUAACGUGGACGCCUGCAAGUAUAUCCUGUCACAAGAACAUACCGAUAUGAAACUAUCUCGAGAUGUGUUUAACGCAUUGCCAUCUGGAACCUUGCCGAGUCGCAGACUUUUCAUCUUUCACUAUGCGGGCCACAGCAUCGCCGGUUCCAUGGCCAUCUUCGCCCCCAAAAUUGAUCAGAAGUUUGGCACAGGACCAGAAAUCAACCCAUCGAGGCUUAGCAAAGAUCUGAAGGCGGAGGCUUCAACUCAAGCUGGGCUGGACAUCCUUUUUAUCCUGGAUUCAUUCUGUACCUCCAAUUGUAUGCAGGGCGUGAAGGCCAAGGGUGCGAGCGUGGAGUUUGUCGUUGGUGGUGCACGCAAGGACCUUAACGACCCCAGAACCGCCUUGGAUGGCGGGACUUUCACGCAGCACUGGUGUGCGGCCUUUAACAAGCUUCUGGACAGUGGAAACCCUUUUGUUUCCGAGGAUAUCAACAAGAUUGUCGAUCCCAACUCAGGCUAUUACAACAGGAAGUUUUCUAUGCUUCUUCUUCGUGAAGGAUGGGAUUUGCCAAUCACUUUCUCUUAUAACAACACGAUCGAACCAUCUUUGCCAUCUUGCCCAACAGUCGCAACGGUUUUUUACUUCAGGGAACAGCCCGAUUCACCCUCCGUCAAGCAGUUGACUGAAUAUCUCAAUAACGCACCAGCUCCAAUUACGGUUUUAGGGACAGUACCUAUACAAUCCGCUUAUCUAUCUGGCACGAUGCUCCUGCUCUCCAUGCCGUUGUCGUUGCAAGAGUUGCUGCCAGGCUCCCGAGUCCCCAUCAUACAUUUAAAAAUCGUCUGUCGUUCUCCUUAUGAUAUCGUGACCAAUGAAGCCCUGCUUGAUAGUUAUCCUGCACUAGCAGAUGUCCAAGCUGACCUGGGCAUCGUACCGCCCAAAGCUGCAGUGGCUAUUAGGUGGUUCAAGGUUGGACUGGUCAAUGAGGUCGAACGUGGAUUGGGCAAAUGUGCUCAUUGGGGUGCAAAAAUGCAGUUGAAUGUCCAGGCUGGACAACAGUCCAAAUACAGCAACCGCCCUGCAGCUUAUGGGAUACGUGCAACACAGUAUCAGAUCCCUGCCUCUCCGAUGCCUGCACGUUCCAUUUUGCAGCAGGCCGUACCCAUGACCUUUGGAUUCAAGAUGGCAAGACUACUAGCGACCUUCAACGUCACCAGCAACGUCUAUCAGACAUCCUUCCCCAUUUGCUUGUACUCGAAUUUGAUGGAGGAACUCUGGCCUCCGUAG